AUGGAUCCACCACUUCCACCGCAAGACGACGACGUGAACCGUCAAAGAAAAGACGAAGUGAAAAUUUCAGACUCUCAGGAGGCCAACAUGAACAACAUGAACAGGCAUUCGUAUACCAACAGCAGAACACCGGAACCCCAGACGGAUCGACGAGCCAGUAUCUCUGACUCGCCAGAGACUCCCGGCGUUCUUGAAGCUUUCGAUUGGGAUGAGUUCGAAGCGCGUUAUGAGGCUGCUUUGCGCAAUGCCGACGAACAGGAGCGUGAAAUCUUGAAAGAGGCAGAUGCCCUUGCAAAGUAUUUCAAAGUCUGGGCAGCUGCAGCUUCGGCCCAUGACGAUGAGCGGGCAGCAAAACGCUUACAAACCCGAAGACGCUUUGUGAACCUCGCCGAAGACAGAAUGGAACGAAAACAGCAGCAUUAUGAUCAAGUUGUGAGAGCCUUUGAAAAUGCGCUGGCUCUUCUCAAAUCACUAUGA